AACAUAAUCAUUAGCAGCUAAUGAGCUAAUGGCAGAUUGGCAUGGUGUGAACUUUAAGUCAAAGGGCCACAUCGAAUUUAAUCAAGGUUCUACACUACCUUAUGUGUUGGAACUUCACCGAAUCGAGGGACUCUCUAAAUUAAAGAGUAAUGUGGAGAUAACCUUACUUUUGUACGACGGUGUUAAGUGUUGCUGUUUUGGUUCUGCCUGGAAGAGCUUGUCUCUACCCCCUCCAUUUGUGAUAAACCAGGAGUUAGUUUUCCAUUCAGAGAUCACAACUUCUACGAUACUUCUUUUAGAAAUAGUUCAAAUUGAUGGAGCGUACAAGAAAAGCACAGUUGGGUGGACCUGUUUUAAAAUGUUGGAUAAGAACUUGACGAACAAGAAGAUGGAUAUUUACCACGGUUCCCUGAGAGCUAUAUUCUUCUUAAAGGAACCAUCAGUGGCUAAUGCGCAACUGCUGCGCAACGAAGGAGUGGGUAUUACACUGACACUGACACAGCGCAGUGCAGUGCGCGGCCUUACCUCCCACAUACCUUCCAACUAUUUCCACAACCCAGCACAACUCAGCAAGAUUAACAGAACCAUCGCCCCUGUCACUCUGUUCCUGGAGGAAGUUGAGGUAUCAUUCGGAGCUCAUAUAAAGAAGUUUGAAGAUUAUCUUCUCUUUCUGCUGAUGACAGACGCAAAGCAGCAAAACACUAAUAUUAGGCAGUUUGAUAAGGUCAUAAUCAAAGAGAGGCGGCUGAAAGCAAGUAUUCACAACGGUCUCAACUUCACCGACCAGUUUCAAGUGGUCUAUCUUGAAAAUAUACACAACACAGAAUUACAGAGUUUGAAGUCGAAGGGAGUGAUAAGUUUGGCAGGUGUGGAUCCUAGAAAUCACGUGAUAUUCUCUCUGGAGUAUGUGUUGGAAGUUCCCACAUCCUUUACUAACUUAACCUUGGUAUCGUCAAUGAGACAGUCGCAAGUACACAUCAUAUCGUUAAGAUGGGGAGUUUGGUCGCUUAACAAACAUCUGCCGCCCUCUGGUACUAUCCUUAAAGUUCCUAUUACUGGUGGACCUGGUCUUAAUGCAGAGAAUAAGCUGGUCUUUACCAGUGACUUCGGGCCGAUGAACGCUAACAAAGACGCUGUGGUGAUGUUCAAACUUAUAAAACAGGAGGCGGACAUGAUCUACCAGAGCGCCAAGCUAGAGCUUACCUUUCAAGACACGGGUAUUCAAAUUGAUCCAGAGGAGCGAGCGCCCCUUAAGAGCGUCCUGACUGAAACUGUGGAGAGUUUCAGUAUCCCCGUUAUAACUCCAGCUACAGCACCAAGACAGCAGAAGGUGGCAAUUGAAACAGAUGGGAGACAGAUGGAGCCGCUUCUCGGAGACAACAUGGCUCAUUUUGACAUAAAACCUUCCGUACAGCAAGAUAUCGGUGUACAGAAUAUUGAGAAAGCAGCGUACGCUCAGAUACACAACGCUGGGUUCCCUGACAUUGUAGACUGUGAUGGACGACCAUCUAUUGAACUGGACCUCUCCAAGCACUACAUCUACUCUUCAGCUCUGGAGAACAAUGAUCCUAGAACUUGUAACACAGUGGUCUUUCAGUUUCUUGCAGUCUCCUUCAACAAGACGGCUGUAAGGAACAUGUUUUUUACGGUCCAGUUUUACUGCUACACUACAGAAACAACCCCCAUCUUGACUGCUUAUCCAGUCAAACAGAGUCUUCCCGCAAUUUUGUAUAAGUUCCAGAACUCCGAUCAAACACCAGGAUGUAGUGUCAGUUUUGAAGUGGAUCCAGGUAAGAGAGCUAACGAGCCAGCACUCUUUCUCCAUCACAUUCAGAACGGCACCUGCAUCAUCGACAUGUGGAACGCUGACUCCCUCUUUCAUGAGGGGUCCGUCACUGUAAAACUGAAGCGGUUGGCAAGGCAAGGAGAGCACGGAAUCCAAAGCACCCAAGUGUUCAACAUUCUGAACGCUGGUGACAACAUCGGUAAACUACACCUCAGGAUCGCUAAUAUUGGCUCUGUUUCCAAUGUGUACGAUAUCAAGGACCUGACAACGUCAGCAAUAAUAGACUGCACGGAUAAGAACAACUCAACAGAACUGAUUGUCCGUCCCAAACCCCUCUCUACUGUGGACCACAACUUAACAUCAAUACUCUCCUCUCAGACUGUACAGAAAGCAACCAGAAAUAGGAAGAUGGAGAGAAUGGAGGCGGUCAGGAGAAAGGAAGACGCGUCUUACAUCAUAUCACGUGACGAGGGCAAGGCACUGAGGUCCGGCCAGCUGACCAUGGUAAAGAACUACCGUAACAAGAUAAUAAACGACGUUAUCAGAGGAGGACUGGUGGCUAACAUCACGGUUACCCACACGCUCUACUCAGUUUACGGGACUGUCACAUACUUUGAGGUGCACUUCUGUAACCCCAAUGUUACUGCUACCCAGGAGUUCUUUAUAUCCUGGGACUGUACUGAUAUCAGACUAGUAUACAACAGUAUGGAAUGUAAAGCUCUCAAGUCCCUGUUUAAUGUGACCACCCCUCUGGAUCCUGAUGUGUUCGAGUCCUCAACCCAACCAGUAAAGUUCACACUCCGGCCAAAGGAGGAUAUCUACAUUCCCUUCGUGUACUCAUCCAAUGCUACCAAAGAGGAAUUUGGCUAUACGAUGAAGAUAACGAACACAGUGAACAGUCCAGUGCAGCUAAUAAAACUCCACUUCAAGCAGCAGCGUCAGAUAAUUAACGAGCGGUUCAUGUUCUACGAGGCUGAGAACAGUUUCGCUAAACACACCCUCCAACCCCCCAAUACCCGCCGACCCGAGGACCUGAGUGUCAAGUGUAGCAAUGAGAAUGUACUGUGUGGGGUAGAUGAGAAGGGGCAGAUCUACUUCAAGGCUCCUGUUCCUAAAUCUACGGAAAUGGUGUCCCUUUUACUGCUGUUAUACGUAGAUAAGCAUUGUUACAGACCCUACCAGAUCUGGGAGGUAGACUUGUACUCUCUGAAACGUGUCGAUAUGAGCGCCGUGGUGGGGAGCCAGUCCCGCUUCCCUGUUAUCCUCAGAGGAACUGACUCUGUGCGCUGUGUUACCUGCUUCUCGUCCCAUCCUACUGUCAUUCAGGUUGAGCCAGACCGAGAGUUCAUGUUGCUACCUAGCACGAUACAAGAAGUGAAGCUGCUCUACGAACCUACAGACACAGGUUCCAAGAAUUACAUGGUAAACGUAGUGGACACUAAGAACAGAGUUGUAGUUGAACGGUGGAUGGUGCACACCAACGCUAACUUACCAGUCGUCAGUAAAACUUACGAGAUCCCCACCAUAAACACAGUCAGUCCGACCCACAAGAACAUUUCCUUCACCAACCCGUACAGUACGAGCAAGACUUUCAGGUUGAAGUGUAACAAGCCGGAGCUGGUAAAGUUCAGGGAGGAGGAGCUGGUGGUGGCUAGUAAGGAGAGUGUUAAUAUAGGUCUGAUACUCUCGCCUCUGGCUCUCUCCCAUUCUAAUUACAUACUCGUAUUCGUUAACGAUGUUCAACAAAAAUGUGAGGAAUGUUUUGCCUUGAGAAUUGGGUGAUCUUAAGGACGGGAUUGAAGGGAAAUAGUGCUUUCAGAAAGACUGGAUGAACUGAUAUCAAUUAUUGAGGGUACAGAGGUACUGGGUAGCGUCAACACUCAGCCAACUUUUGAAAAUGGAUUAAAGAUCCCGGAAAUACUGUGGUGUAGCAUUGUUGCUGACUGCUUUAAAAGAUCUCGAGACUCAUGAAAACAGGAAUUUGAAACUGGUUUAAACGCUGUUAUAAAUCAAUAUCUAUUAGAAGUUGAAAAUAAAACAGAAAUAAAUUUAAUAAUUACAAAAAUAAAAAUAAGUUGGCUAAAUUUCCCGGAAUACGCCGGGAUAAUACCACAUUGAAGAGGUGACGUCAUUAUUACGUCACGGUAACACACAAAUAUUCGGCACUUUUGGUAAAGACCGGGGUAAAUUUAAAAUUAGAUACAUAUCUUAUGCUUAGAACACGUAACACUUAUUAGAUAAUAUAUCUGGAGCAAAAGAUCCCUGACUUCUGAGCUUUGAUGGAAUGACAUUAUGAGUUAGAGUGUCGUUUGAUCAAGUGAAACGGGGUGAAUUCGAUCGGAAAAUAACAAAAUCUGUUUUUAGAAAUGAUUGUUUCAAAGCUCAGUCAUCUUGGAUUCGUACAUUACAAACACAAUAAUAUGAUAAAAUCUAGGGUAUUAUAAUGAUAACUAUUACACGUGUGUUCCUGUUAAAAAGUAAAUAGGUUUGUCUUUCGAACUGGUUUUAAACUCGUCUCUGAACCGGAAUCUCCAGUUCUCCUCGAGAUCGAGCCGUAGGAUUUCCUCCCUUAAUUCUUCUCGAUCUGACAGGGUGGAAUGUUUUAAAAUUUGCGAGAUUUUUGAGUGCUUAGUUUGCUGCUAACUGUUUUUAGAUUGACUACUAUUUUUGACGGAUUUUGAUUAAAAUUUCCCGGGAAACUUGACGUAUUAUCUCUGGUUUUUAAUGAUCAUGACUUUGAAAAGGCUUUACUGUUGAAGUUUUAUGCACAGUGUUCAGCUAGAUGUUUUCUAUGUUAUAUUAUGUUCAUGACUUAUAUUUUACAUUAAUUAACAUGACAGUAUGUAUACAGUGUACACAAAAUAACGAAAUAUCAUUUUAAAUUAUAUGUAACAACGUGUUCAAUAUCUAUUUGUACAUCAACUGUAAUUAUGAUUAUUAAAUUAUUUAUCUUCUUAAU